UAUGCAAGGGAAUGUCCAGGUACACCAGAUGGCUGCUCAGAAAACCUCAUUGUCGCAUCAGAUCACCAUUUAAAUGUGCAAGGACCGACUCUUGCGGCCAAAGAGUGGUCCAAUUAGAAAAUAAAUCUGAAGGCCAUACGAACACUGAAUCAUUAUCAGCAGAAUAUCAAAAUCCACCUAAAGCGCGAAUCACUGAUGAAUACCGAGAAGUACAUUUCGCCAAAGGGGUGUCCUAUGUAAAUCGGCGUAGCCAGGGGCUUUAUGUCGAGGGGUAUGUCGGGGACAUACCAGUUGCGUUUACUGUGGACACAGGGGCGACAAUAUCCGUGGUAUCCCAGAAUAUUUAUAACAAGAUGAGCAUGCAGGAGAAACCAGCCUUAAAUAGGUCUGUGAGUUUAAUGGGAGCCAAUGGGUUACCUAUAACGGAGUUAGGUACGGGCUGGUUUAAACUCAGGAUAGGACCAAUCACGUUGGAGCGUGAGGCGGUUGUGGCAGAUAUUAAGGAUGACGCGUUGAUUGGUUAUGAUGUACUAGGUGAUGAGUCAGUGGACAUUUUGUUUAGCCGGAACGUUAUGGUGUUGAAUGGCAUUGAGAUACCAGGCAUGAAGUGUGGAUCAGCCAAAAGAGUAAAUGUAAUAGAAAAGGCAGCUAAACCAUGUGGACAAAACACAGUUUCUGAUGAAGCUUGCAUUUUGAACAAGGACAGUAGUGAGCAGAGUGCUGGAUGCACUGCGAUCGAGUCGAGGGAUACACAGCGACGAGUGAAGAUGACGGAAGCUACAAAGAUGAGACACACAUCUGGGUUGUGUUGUAGCGGUCGACCCUUGAGGGGAACGAAAGCCUGUUCGCAUAUUGGGCGAGAUUACGAAUGCAAACAAAGUGUUACGGGCGAGACAAGCGGCAAUCAUAACGACGCGGUAAAGUCAUCGGUACGUGAUACAUUGGAAGUUGCGGCGAGGAGGGCGAAUGAGGCUAUAGAUGAUGUUGUUAUGACGGAACCACCAGACCAUCCACUACUGCUGUAUGAGAGAUCAGCGUCAGAGAACGUGGAACCUCUAGGGCAACCAGUAGGCGAUCCAGUGAAGAGGACCUUUCGUUUUAGAUGUUCUAGGGAACCUUACAGGGAGUUGCAACUACACAGUCGCACUGAACAGAUUUAAAUGUCAUGGUGUACAGAACAUAUUAAACAAUUAAAACAGUCUAUGGGAGCGCAUUGAUGACAAAUACUUGACUUCAAGUGAACAUCCCACUAUCAGUUAACUAAUAUUUUUGUUCACUUAAAUAUUGUGUGUAUUUAACAGAAUGGCAGUGCUAUUAAUGCAAGAAAAUUAUUAAAACAGUGCGCGUUGUUGAAUUUUGUAGUAUUAAAUUAAUUAGGAUGCCUUCUUUAAAUGUGUACGGUUAUCUUAUAACAUUAAUUCUACGGAAGCUCGAUAUGGACAGUUAUACAUGGAUAUUCUGGAACAUGACAUUUUAGUGGAAUUUUAUUUAAAUGUGUAUUGGCUACAGGAGUUUAGCCAAAAUUUGUGGGGGGUAAUGUAGUGAGCUGGUUUUAAGUACAAAAAUUGUUUACCUUUUAAAUACUUGUGUGUACAGUGACAUUCGGUUGGUCUGGUGUUUUUACAAACAUAAUAAGUAGAAUAUGCAUAUGAAUCUGAUAAUACACAGACCCACUAACAUAUAAAUCAAACCAUGUUUGUAAUUUACCAUUUUUGACCAAGAAUCCUGCCACUGUUCUUUCUUGUAAAGUUGACUUGAAAACGGUCCGCUCGUAAACACACUUUUACUUCAAUUAUCUAUGUUUAACACUGAAUGUUUAUAGCUUAAAAUAACUCUCCGUGAAAGUUGAGUACACAUAUUUUGCUAAUCCAUGCAUGUUAUACGAAUAUCUUCAUUAUUUGUAUUGUUAUUUGUAAUGUUCAGUAGAAAUCGGCAUGUGAUUUUUCCACUGUCCGCCAUCUUGGAAUGUCGACUUGUGGGUAAUUUUUGCAUAGCAACACACAGCGGUGUAAACAUAAAUCUCACC